AACUUGUGAAAGUCUGGUGUGCACACUAAUCCGGUAGUGACACUCAAGCGCGCGCAUCGUUUUGUACUAGCGUCACUUUGUUUUGAUGUAACCGUUUGGCUCUGUGUUCUUUCGAAUUAGAGUGACGAAGUCUAUCAGAAUGAGGUCUGUCCUGCUACAACUGAGUGUGGCUCUGGUGUUGUGCUUGAUGCAAGACAUUCAACGAACCUACACCUCAGCUUCGAGUCUUUCUAAUAUGAUUGCUAAGACCUGCAACUAUGAUGAGAAUGGGAAUAAAUAUGUGGAAGUGUCUAUCUUGCAAACGGAUAUGGAGUGGCUCAGUGUAGCGUCUGUCAAUAGCUUGAGGCUCUGGGGAAAUGGUUCCCACUGCAGACAUCGUUCUUGUUGCAAUGGUGAAGGAUGGAUGUGGAGAUUUAAUGGUUCGCAGUGUGGUAGUCAACUGUUGGUGGAUGAUGACAAUGAAAUUAUAUCUAAUGUGCUUUAUAUUGAAGAAAAAAAUUCAACUAGUAUCAGAAAUCCUAAAUCCGAUAUGGCUAUGAUCACAUGUAAUUUUCCAAGCGCUGUAACUGGAUCUGCAUCUCAACCUGUAAUGGAUGAAAGUGCUGACAAAGUUACAAUGCCAAAAUUGUCAUGGUCAGUGUACCGUACUGAUGGAUAUAUUCCAUUUCCUGAUCCAUCUGCUGCCGUUACCUUUAAUCCGACAAGUACAUACGUUGGAGAUUGGACCGAAGGAAACUAUCUACUUCUCCUGGUUCAAGCAGAAGACAUCUUUUCAUUACAAAAGGCAUAUAAGAAAAAUAUUCAAUUGGCCGUGUACAGCUGUUCAUUUAAUCUAAUACACGAAGGCAAUGGAUCACAGCAAAUUGAAAUAAAGCCAUUAAUAACCAAAGGUUGUCCUGUUAAAGAUGGAAGUACUUUCUUUGGUGCAGGGGAUGCCUAUCAUUAUUUGGAUGUAGCUGUGGUUAUUGAUAUUGCACACGAAGCUGACCACCUGGGUGGUUCUGAUGUCAACUUUGCUUUUCUCACUUGCACCGCCAGUCUCUGUCGGGAUCAUGGCGUGAACAAAUACGAGCAAGUGCCUCGAUGUCCAGGAUACGAACCACAGUAUUGUUAUCAGGAAAUGGAAGAUGCAAACAUGUCUUUAAGUGAUUAUUAUGUAUCAGGACUUCUGAAGAUGCAGACUAUUGGUACACCUUCACCAUCAACAGUUCAAACAUUACCUGAACGUUUUACCUCUACUCCUACCCCUACUCCUACUGGUGUAGACAUUGAAGUUAAUGAUGGCGAAUUAGGUUCAGAUAGAUCUGUGGUGUUGUCGCCAUUCCUCGUUGCUGUUGUGUGCCUGUCGUGCCUGAUAUGCGGUUGCACUCUAGUUGCUGUACCUUGUAUUAUCCAGUCUCACUUUGGACGACGCAGGACACCUGCCCCGGUCAAUAAGGAUGAAACGGUUGAACAAGGCCAAUACAGAAAGGUUGCCAAGUGUGAUGCACUGUCUCUAGACUCGGGCAUUCCUGGGAGUUCUGCUUCUUCACCGGUUAAACUGAUGUCUAGUUUGACUUUUGAUUCUCAGGUGGUAUAAACUGUUUUGUUAUGGAGAUGGCCAUGUUUUGACAAGCUGCUUGGAAAUAGCAUGUAUGCAAAGAAAUCAUUUUCCUUGUAGUGUAGAGGUUGACUGUUGUAUACUGGUUUUACAAUACUCAUUUUGUGUAUAGAAGAUUAUUCAAGACAUGCCAA